UUUUCCCAAACGUAACAACCAAAGUGAAGCCACCUUGUUGUGCUGAGUCGUGUCGUGGGGGUACAGUACAUCGCAGCAUUCACUCUCAUUGAUUGAACUAAAUCCAAGAUCAUAUUUUUAUUUUCAAUUCCCAACCGCCAUUACUACAACAUAGACUAGUGCAUAGUGCAUAAUAGGCAGUGCGGUGCAUUCCCUUGUUUACCAUGCUUUCCUGAGAGAGAACACUAAAACCCCUCAAAUCCUCAAUACAAAUAGAUUUUCAUUCCUCCGAGGGAAAAAUAAAUGUCGGACGCUUUGAUCAAUGGAUUGGCCGGAGCUGGAGGAGGGAUCAUUGCUCAGCUCAUCACUUACCCACUUCAAACUGUAAAUACUCGUCAACAAACCGAGCGUGAUCCGAAGAAAGACACGAGGAGUCAAGGGACCCUUGAACGAAUGUGCCAGGUUGUAAAAGAAGAGGGGUGGGAACGGUUGUAUGGAGGCUUGAUGCCAUCGGUAGUGGGUACAGCUGCGUCUCAGGGUGUUUACUAUUAUCUCUAUCAAAUAUUCAGGAACAAAGCUGAAGCAGCUGCACUACAACAAAAGAAAAUGGGCGUCGGCGAUGGAUCAGUUGGGAUGCUCUCCUCACUUGUUGUUGCUGUUUUAUCUGGGUCUGUUAACGUGCUGUUGACAAAUCCCAUAUGGGUAGUUGCUACGCGUAUGCAGACACAUAGAAAAGAGUUGAACAGAACUCCAGCUGAUCAGGGUUUGUUAGUUUCCACUGAGCAGCCAAUUCUUUCUGCAGUUGAGCAUCUUCCUUAUGGAACUAGUCAGGUGAUUCAAGAAAUCUACAGUGAAGCUGGAAUUUUGGGUUUCUGGAAAGGUGUAUUACCAACAUUAAUCAUGGUAAGCAAUCCUUCCAUACAGUUCAUGCUGUAUGAAGCCAUGUUGGUGAAGUUAAGAAAAAGACGUGCUUGGAGUAAGAAGGGUAGCAAUGGGGUAACUGCUUUAGAGAUAUUUCUUAUUGGAGCUUUAGCUAAGCUUGGAGCUACUGUUGUAACCUAUCCGAUCCUAGUUGUGAAGGCAAGGCUCCAAGCUAGACAGGACAAAACUGGAGACAAGAGGCACCAUUACAAAGGUACAUGGGAUGCUAUUAUAAAAAUGAUCCGUUAUGAAGGGUUUAAUGGGUUUUACAAUGGUAUGGGCACAAAAAUUGUACAAAGUGUGCUGGCUGCUGCUGUUUUGUUCAUGAUGAAGGAAGAACUAGUUAGGGGGGUUCGUUUCUUGCUUGCCAAUGAUGCUGUAAAGCCAAAGCAUCCGUGAUUGAAGAGGCCACACUAGCUUGAUCAAGAUUUCAUGAUGUACCAUCUUGAGGUAGCAAAUUAGUUCAAAUGGUAGGGGAAUUAGAGUGAUUCAAACAAAAUAUUAAGAUAUAUGGCUGUAACUGUAUCUUUGAUUAUUUUCAUCAGGUUAGUUUCCAUAGAGGAAAUUCAUGCCAAAAAUUACAUGCUGGAUUCAUUGGUUCGUUUCAUGAACAAAACAAGGUUGUAGAUUUUGAGUAUGCUGCUGAAACAAAUAUUCUUUUUUACGAAUGAAUAUCACUAUCUGAUUUCAUUGGUAGCUAAA